UGCAGAGCGCGUCUUUUCCGGUUGUGAGUAAAGUCUAAGGAGGCUUUAUAAACAGAAGACCCCAACUGUCAACUUGAAACUUCACUUCUUGCACAGUUGCUGUAUUAUAUUAGUAAUCGACGCACUAUUCCCGCUUUUCAGAAUGUCUACAGAAAACUUCAGAAUGCCCACAGAUAACUUUUCAGACUUGGAGCUGGAGCUAAAUGAUUUGCUCCAGGAGUUCGCUGACGUGGUUGAGGAGUUGAGAGAGCCUUCCCAAAGCGUCCCGUCCGCAUACGAGCGGCUCUUGUCUGAUGCCAAACGGCGCACCCGGCUAGGGGAUGACGGCUCAGUGGUCAGCGACAGCGGCGUGGAGGACAAUAGUGACUGCAGCAGUGAGGCGUCUCUGGGUAACAGUUUGAACACCAGUGAAGAAGAGCUCCACACUGCAGGCAUAACAGUUACGCCCAAAGCCAGGAUGGGAGACACAGGAGACCUACAGAGAUUCAUCGACAGUUUGGACCGGGAACUUGCUGAGAUGUGAGUGGAGAGAGAGCGAGACGGAGAGCGAUGGAGAGAGACCGGAGAGGGAGAGAGAGCUGCUGAGACCACGGGGGAGAGAGAAGAGAGAACAGGCCAGAGGCUGCACGGCUGGCUACCUCUGAACACACAAACACACAGAUCUAAAAUUGCACAGUUCUGUUCUGUUCGGAGAAAGCCAGCUCACUCUGGGCCCCUCUGGGGGGGAAAAAGGGUCAAACAUGAGGAAUUGAAAGGGCAUCAUGUUCCAAUAUCUAGAACACUACUGGACCUGAGGUGAUAGACUCCAUCCCUUCCCUCAGACUGGUGACGUAUUCACAGCUAAAUGAAGCUGUUUUAUAGUCAACGUGUAUCUCUUCAACAGGAGAACACGAACGUGUGUGAAAUGGCAUCCUAUGUAGUGGACUACUUUUCCCACUAUAUAUCUUGUUAUUAGCAAGUGUUGUACAUUUGGGUUUAUGCCAACCUGCUGUUUCCUGAUGGAAGGCCUUAUAAUAGUGAAACCCACUGUCCUCAUCACAACCCAAUGUGUUGGACAGUAAUUGUUAAAAUGCUAAGUUUUAUAUUGUAAAGUUUAAAGUGAUGUACAGUAUUAUAUUGCCUAUACUACAAACAGACCACUGCCUAACCUGAUGAUGAUGAUGAUGAUUUUUGUACAGAGGAAUGCACAGAUGAAUAAAGAUAGUUAUUUGAAA